GUUACGUAAGCACGCACAGAUUGUAAAACCUUCGGUUUCGCGGCGUUAAAGCUUUAUUAAUGCGAGGCAGCCAUAUUUUUUUGCAGUUUCCAUACUAGGGCGUUUGGAGUAGAGGUAGCUGCAGUUACAUAUUUUUUCGUAUUUGGGUUUGAACAAGUAGAAGAGAAACAAUGGUGAAGAUUUUUGUUGGAAACAUACCAAGUGGCACCACGCAAGAGGAACUUAAAGAGCUGUUUGAAAAGUAUGGACAAGUCAAUGAGUGUGAUAUCUUGCGAAACUAUGGAUUCGUGCACAUGGAGAAAGAAGAUGAAGCACAGAAAGCCAUCAGUAGCCUGCAUAAGUCCUCAUUCAAAGGCACAGUUUUAACAGUGGAGCUGUCUACAACAAAGAUGAGAAAUGCUACAAAGAUUUAUGUUGGUAAUGUUGCCAGCACAGCUACUACAUCUCGGAUUAAAGAACUGUUUGAAAAGUUUGGCAGGGUGGUGGAGUGUGACAUUGUGAAAGAUUAUGCAUUUGUUCAUAUGGCAAAAGAGAGAGAAGCCAUGCAUGCCAUUGAAAGUUUGAACAAUACUGUGCUGGAGGGAAAGAAGCUUUUUGUGACCCUGUCAAAGACCAACCCUCCAAAGGCUCCACGAGGAGGAGCUUUUCCUCCACCUCCUCCCCCACCUGGUAUUUAUAUGCCCAGAGGAAGCCUGCCCCCACCACCCCCACACCUACCUCCUAUAUCCAGGUCCCUGUAUGAGCGAGAUUAUUAUGAUAGAUAUACCUAUGACCUCUAUGAAAGGUCGCUAGCUCUGAGAAGUCUCUAUGAUAGGAGGCUUCCCCCUCCCCCUCCUCCACCUCGAUCACUCUACAGGGAAAGGAGCCCCCUGAGCAGGCGAUCAAUCUUGACUGCUGCUGACCUAUAUGGCAGAAGUUCAUCCCUGUCUUCCCGUUACUCCUUGAGUUCUUCCUAUGAGAAAGAUGAUUAUUAUGAUAGGUACGUUAAUGGGUAUACAACGGAGAGGGUUAGUAAAACCUAUUAAGUUCUUGCUAUGGCUCAGUUUUUGACAGACUAAAUUCACUUGCCCUAUGUUCAUUAAUGGAGUUUGUUUUAUAAUCUUAUAUUGUAAAAGAUCACCUUGUUGCGUUCUAGUCAAUGUAUCCAUGCUAUUGAAUUUUUCUAGUUUUUAAGUUUGAGGGCGAGGCUAGAUGUAGAGAUUGGUGACAUUUAAGUUCUUGCAUCAUUGGCUGUCGGCCGUAAAAGUGAAGAACAGUAAGAAAGUUUAUUUCCCCGUGAUGCCGUCUGUCUUGAAUGCCAGUGUGCUCCCCGUGAUGUCGUCUCCUUUGCCAGAGUGUGCAUCCAUUUUCUACUUCAGACUGCGUUAAACAACAAAGAAUUGAUCGCUUCGAAAAAUACACGGCAUGACUGAGGCACAUAAGUCGACGAGUCGCAGAUGUGUACAACAAUUGUCCGACUGACUUAUUGUAUGUAAUCAGUUGUAGAAAUGUUAGUUUCGUUGUCGUCCUUGUCAGCUUAUAUGCAUCAGAUUUCGGGUAUUUCCCUUGUUUGUCGCAUAAACUGGUAUGGAUUUUCGCCUGUUUUGCUAUUUGUAAAUGUAGUUCAGUUGACUUUGUAUCAUUGACAAGCAAGCCGAUAAAGCCUUUGUUAAGACAGGAAAGAUUAAUUGUCCUAUGUUCAUUUUUUUAAACGUUGCUAUUAAACCGCUGUUACAGCAUUGACGUCUCGA